AUGUCGAACGAGCCGUUUUACGUACGAUACUACUCAGGUCACUCUGGGCGGUUUGGACAUGAGUUCCUAGAAUUUGAUCUUCGCUCUAUCUCCGAAGGUAGUAGUGCCGCCGUACGAUAUGCCAAUAACUCGAACUACCGCAACGAUUCCCUCAUCCGCAAAGAGAUGUGCGUGAGCGACGCGAUGGUACAGGAAGUGAAGCGCAUCAUCAAGGAUAGCGAAAUCCUCAAGGAGGACGACUCCAAGUGGCCCCAGAAGAACAAGGACGGGCGCCAGGAGCUCGAGAUCCGGAUCGGAAAUGAGCACAUUUCCUUUGAGACCGCGAAGAUCGGCUCGCUGGUCGAUGUGACAGAAUCAGAUGAUCCCGAGGGAUUGCGAGUCUUCUACUAUCUCGUGCAGGACUUGAAGGCCCUUGUUUUCUCACUCAUCUCCCUUCACUUCAAGGUACCUCCAAUCCCUCUCGUCAUACCUAGGCCACCUUUUAAUGUUUUCUGCUUUACAGAUCAAACCAAUCUAGUGGUGUCGCGCGCACAACUAAAAUUGAAAAAGAUGGGGUGA